UGGACCAACGUGAGCAUUGCAAUCAAACAAUUUGAUUUUUUCCCCGUUUUAUUGGAUAUAUAUAUAUAUUUUUUUGGAUUCAAUAAUCUUCUAUCAUGUCGAAAGACUUGUUGUCAAAAAUUCGAGCUAUAUAUGUUGAAGUUGCAAACAUGCUAACAGAUCAUUGAAGAAGUCCGCAGAAUUCUUGGGAAGGAUGCAGAAGGCUCCCCAAGAAGAUUUACAGACUUAUGCUUAAAUCGGCUUUAUACCAAAAUAGAUACUAUGGAAUGACGAAGAGAAAUACUGCUCCUCCAACCAAACCCACUACUGAUGCAAAGAUAACACAUAUCUUCACAAACAUGUCACAGAUAUUCAGUGGGAAAAAAACAAAAAAAGUGACGGACUUGUUAGAAAUUUUGAAGGACCAUGAAGAUCCAGAAAAUUGGGUUUCCCGUCGAAGUGGGAAUGUUCCUGUUCUUUUACUGGAUGCAACCAACAGCUAUGUUGUUGUUGGCAGAACAAUUCUCACGACAGUGGAAAUAUCCAAACUUGAUGAAGCCCUGUUAGCUUUUUUGGGUGCUUUUUAUCUCCUGGAUUUUGAUUAUCCAAAAUCCCACGAAAUCGGAUUAUCCGUGCUGCAGUGUUUGAUUCUACUUGAUAAAGAAACUCCUGCUGAUUUGCUUAAAACAGUUGAGUCAGUAAUGGCCUAGCAAGUUUAAAUCAAGCGAUUGACUUGUCUUUAUCAAGUAGAAUCAAAUUAAAUAAAAGCAUGCAUAAUCCGAUUUUGUAAGUUAUACAUGUUUAUGUUUGUAUGCUCUUUAUAAUAUUACAUUUUUUAUUGACUAUUCUGAGUUUAUUUUCAAAUCAGGAUUUUUAAUUUUAGUUACAUUUUUAGUUUUGUUAGUUAAGUUAAUUUUUAAAUCAGUUGUACUUUUUAAUGUUUCUCCUUUACAUAUUUCAUUUGAUGAUGGAGCAUGGGCAGUUUACUGUAGGGGCUCCUGCCUAUUCCUUGCUCCUGGCAAAAUUGUACUUUUACUUUGCCGAAUAAAUACAGUAUUAUUAUUAUUAUUGUUAUUAUUAUUAUUUAAAAUGUUACAGAAAACAUGAAACUGUUUUAGAUUCAAUUUAAUUCUUGUGCCUUGCUUGUGUGUAUGGACACUCAUAUACUAGUACAGUAGUACAGUCAUUCUUUAAAAUGGUAAUUUAUGGAAUCAAGCUUUAAAGCAUGGCAAGUCAGAUUUUGUAUUAUGC